UCUUCCUUUCUUCGUGAGUGCCGUUAAUAAGUUAGAACCCAUGUGUUUGCCAGACGUAAACAUUUUGUUCGCCGAGUUUUCAAUGUGUUGAUAUUGGAGCCCGUUAACGAAACAGUGAAUGCAAUGAAAAAAGACGAAAAGCCAAUGAACGGGAUGAAGCGACAAAACCGAAACUGAACCAAACAAAACCAACUUACACACACACACGGCUAAAAAAAUAUGCAAGUUCUUUAAAUAUUUACGGUGAAAAAUUUUCAGUGAAUUCAUAACAAAAAGUUUAUGGUUGUUUUCAUCGUUUUCACGGCGUACGUAAUUUGAUUCGUACACAAACACACAUACCGAUAAAAAAACGUGCAUUUAUUUGUGCCUCACACCCUGUCACUCGGUCGGCUUUGAUUGCAAACUUUCAUUUUGCCCUACAACCUUGUGUUGUUGGGAAUUGUGCGUGCGAAUGUGCAUGCGUACAGUCGGGCACAAUAUUGUGAACGAUACGGAAAUUCUAUCGAAAUUCCGGCAUCCCCCGUAUGUGUAUCAUAAAAGUAAGAGAAACAGUGAGUGAGACAGGCCGAGAGAACAUUGAACAAUUUUUUCUAUCGCCUGAAAAGAUUGCUAUUAAUCAAAGCAUAGUUGGCCCGAAUAGAACAGCAUGAAUCAUAGAAUUUACAAAACAGCCCAAGAUAUGUGUGAGCGUGUGUAUGUUUGUAUACACAUCGAGGGUCCAUACAAGUACACGCAAAUGUUUUGUAAGCUAAAUGCCUAAAUCGCAAUCACUUGCAUUCAACACUCGAUUGCCCGACACCACAGCGAAAAUCACAUUUUCACCGGUGCACCGAAAAGGGUCGAAAAGCUGUUUUUAAUAAGUUGUUACUCCAUGAAAAUUGUUAUCUAAAUAAAGUUCAGCGCCACAAACGAAGAAGAAGAAGUAGAAGAACAAAAAUAACCAACAACACAAAAACGCCAAAGAGCUCUCUCGAACUCCCAAAGAACCGUUUAAAACAAACAAACAAAUAAACACCCAAAGUCUGUCUACAGAUGAAAAGUUUCUCUUUGUGUGUUUGAAGAAUUGUUCAAUUUGUUGAACAAGACAUUCCAUUAUUUCAGCCGCAUGAAUCGAUAGAGAAAAAAAAGUAGAGACGUGCUUUUUUCCCACCCGAGUAUAGAAUCGUGUGAUAAAGCGCGCGUGAGAGAGUGUUCCGUAUUAUGCGUGUCGGUAAAUCGAAUCAAAAUCAUUAGAACCAGAACCGUUGGAUUUGUGGAACAAUUACGAGGAAUAAGCAGCAAAACGCUAGUUAUACAAGAAUUUGAUGAGACAUCAGCAAUCGACAGCUUGCAUUCGAAUAUCGAAAACAGUCCAAGACCAAAAACCAAGUGAAGUAUAGAUAGAAUUAAGUGUGCCACUUCUCUAUCUUACACAAGGGCAUCCCUCUCGCACAUAUCCCAUCUCAAGUAUGUGUGCAGUUUGGAUUUUCGGCAUGACUACACAAUUAACAAUUUCAUGAGAGGCACUUGGCAGUGCAUUGCAGUGUGUAUCGCUUCAUUGUUUCGCAUUUUAUCUUCAUCUGGCCCGCUGCUGCUGCUACUGCUGGAUUGUUAAUCGUUCUAUGAGCAAGUGAGUGAGUGUGUGUUUUCGAUUUUGAUGCGAAUCGAUAAGGAAUAUCCAGUUGGCAAAGUUGCUUCACUUUAAAAACGAAGGCUAUAAAAUUGCAAUACAUUCGCACGAAGAGAAAUAACAACGACGACGACGACGACGACGACGACGACCAAGAAGAAGCAUAAUAAUAAAACGGUGCUGUAAUCGUUCAAUGCUCUCGUGUGUGUUAUACAGAUUUUCAAUUGUUUAUUCAGAGGAUCAUAUCAAAUGCCGGAUUGCUUAACCACUGCGAUAAAGUGUCACACAUCUGAAGCGAGUGAGAAACAGUACGAACGACACUACACGUUUAAGUGCACAUAUGUAAAUACAAUCGUUCGUAUGUGUUAUCGUAGACCAAGCGCAUACUGCAAGUUUUCAUAAUUUUUUGUUCGGGUUUUUAAUCAAAUGCCGGCCUCUUAAUAUCGGCUCAACAGACAAUUUUAUGCACGAAUAAACGAACGUGGAACUGAAUAUGUAAAUGAUACGAAUCUCCAUCUUCAAAUCGACUUUAAUUACGGCUGCAAUUGAACAAAUGUGAAUUUUUUUUAUUUUGAAUAAGGAAUUGCCAACGGUUGAUUAUUUGACGUACUAAUUCUGUUGCGUUUAAAUAGGAAUUAAUCUUUUAUGAAUGAGAAAAGAACACGGUGACAUCUAAUAUAAAAUUCAUUUAACUGCACACACAUUAUGUCAAAGAAAAUUUAUCAAUAGCAAAUCGAUACCACAAGAAUUAAUCAACAAGAGUGAGAUACGGAACAAAUAUUUAAAAACAAUUGACCUUAGACUUAUAGACGACUGGUCUCAUUUUAAACGAAGUGACUAUUCAAGCCAUCAUAAUAAUGUGGUUGAGUGUUUGACAAAUUGCUCGUCGCAUUUAAGUUUAUCUUGUAUAGCAUUGUUCGGGUGUGUAUCAUAUGCCACGAUUGUUAUUAGCACAUAUCAUCAAUUCUCUGGAUUAUUUAUAUUUCAAACAUAUUACCAUUUAAUGAUAAACGCAUACAAAACUCAUAAAAACGAAUACCGCACGUGUCGUAUGAAAAUCAACCAAUAAUUACAUAUUUUUUAAAACGAAAUUUAUAAAUUGUUCAAUGGGACACAUUGAACAUUAAACUUAUUGAAAGAAAAAAAAACAAACAGAAACAAAAACGAUUGAGUCAAAAAUAAAUACCAUAAUCAGCGACAAACAGCGUAUUAGACGACAAACGAUUUAAACAUUCGUCGCAUUGACGAGCACAUCGUAUUGAUAACAAGUCGCGACACUGAAACGUGAGUGUGCUAACGCAGAGACUUGGACUGAAAAGCCACACAAAAUUGUUCGCUCUGUAAAUAAAUACAAAUUGACCAAAUGUUGGCCUUUCAUAACGAACAUAGCUGCGCGUUUUUGACGUACUUCAACCCAGAAAGUGCAGCAACCGCUCAAAGUGUGUUGCAUGAAAAACAGACAUUACCAGGGAUGAACCGUCCUAUUCAAGUUAAGCCAGCGGACACUGAAAACCGCGGUGAUCGAAAACUUUUUGUUGGUAUGCUAAGCAAGCAACAAACGGAAGAGGAUGUAAAGCAGCUAUUCACACCAUUCGGAACAAUUGAAGAGUGUACAAUUCUACGAGGACCGGACGGUGCCAGUAAAGGUUGUGCUUUUGUUAAAUUUAGUUCUCAUCAAGAAGCUCAAGCAGCCAUUACGAGUUUACACGGAAGUCAAACUAUGCCGGGUGCAUCAUCAAGUUUAGUUGUUAAAUUCGCUGACACAGAAAAGGAACGGCAAUUGCGUCGUAUGCAACAAAUGGCUGGUCACAUGAAUUUACUAAAUCCCUUUGUAUUCAAUCAGUUUGGGGCAUAUGGGGCAUACGCACAGCAACAACAAGCUGCAUUAAUGGCAGCUGCUACCGCUCAAGGCACAUACAUUAAUCCAAUGGCUGCUUUAGCAACUCAAAUACCUCAUGCUUUAAAUGCAGGAUCAGGUCAACCAGUCAACGGUGCCAUACCCUCUUUGCCAUCACCAACGAUGCCAACGUUCAAUAUGGCUGCUCAAACACCAAACGGUCAACCGGGCGGAACUGAAGCUACUGUCUAUACAAAUGGAAUACCACAAACUUAUCCAGGCCAUGCACUCCAUUUAUCGAUUCCGGCGCAAGGACUUCCAAAUGGUGAUGCGACUUUACAACAUGCUACCUAUCCAGGAAUGCAACCAUAUCCAGGUGUUGCUUAUCCUGCCGUAUACGGACAGUUUCCACAAGUAAUUCCACAACCAUUGGCUGCAGUUGCACCAUCUCAACGAGAAGACUUUUUGAUGUUCCCAGGAUGCUCGAUUUCUGGGCCAGAAGGCUGCAAUUUGUUUAUCUAUCAUCUGCCGCAAGAAUUUGGUGACGCAGAACUAAUGCAAAUGUUCCUUCCGUUCGGUAAUGUUAUCAGUUCCAAAGUAUUCAUCGAUCGGGCAACAAAUCAAAGCAAAUGUUUUGGUUUUGUGUCGUUUGACAAUCCGGCAAGUGCUCAAGCAGCUAUUCAGGCUAUGAAUGGUUUUCAGAUUGGAAUGAAAAGACUGAAAGUUCAGCUGAAACGACCAAAAGAUGCAAGCCGACCCUAUUAACAUAAGGAUUAGAAUCACAACAAUAUGGCAGCAGUUGAUGAAGCUCUGAACCAUAAGCUAAAUUAAAUCCAAUAAUCAACAGAUAACACUCAGUUAUAUAAACGAAUGAUAACAAAAGUAAAAAAGGAUGCUUAUUCUUUGAUUUUCUGUAACCAACACAAAACCAACCAAAAAACAAACUAAUCAUUCAACUUCGAUUCUUUCUCUGCCUCAACGUCGGUUAAAUAUAUCAAAUCAAAAUUAUACGCAUAUUAGAUGGGCGCCAAAUUUGCAACAAAUAAACACACACACAUGCGCAUGUCAAUCGUUUGUACCCCGUUACUGAGCGAGCAAGCAAUCGCUGUUGUACAUUAUUGCGAUUAUCUUUGGCGAUACCAAAAUUAGCUCAUUUUAUCAAUAGACAAACGGAUACACCGGACAUAACACGUCAACCUAAACAACAACCAAAAAACAAAAAUGUAAAACACAUUAACAUACACAGACAGAGAGACAACAUACAUUUUUAUGCAUUUCAAUUAAAUUAAGAUGUGGUGACGCAGACACAAACAAAAAUCUCUUCUCAAUAACCAAUAAAUUAUUUAUAUCCUUAUGCGAUACAUAACUUAUAAACAAACAAAAACAUAACAAUCUAAAACAAAAGACGUAUUUUUUUGCGAGAAAAUCAUAUUUCCGAAAAUCACUGACACUUUUGAAACUUAACUUAUUAUACACACACACUAACACACACAAACAUGCAGAGAAAGAAAAUGAAUAUCACAUCCAUUAGAUUUGAACUACACAAUAACAAAAUGAAAAAAAAAAUGUUAUAAAAGAAAUUGAUAGAAAAAUUAAAAUUGACAAAAAGAAACAAUUUAAAUUUAGAGACGAUGGAAUGAACAAAGAAACAAGACAACAAAAUAUUUGCAAACAGAAAUGCUUGCAAACAUAAGAUCGGCUGCAAAAUGGUAUUUUAUCCACUGUGGUUUUUCUCACUCAUACGAUACAUGGAAAUGAAUUUCUUUUGUCAAAACCAAUCAAAUGUUACAAUACAUUUGAAAUGAAUUGAUUCUCACAAUCAUCCACCAUCCAUCAGACUAAAACACAAUUAUCUCUGAUUUGUAACUCAUCGAAUCCGUGCGUUUAAUUUUAAAGAAGAAAAUGAAAAUAACCAAAAAUUUAGACUAGUUUGUUGCAUUCAUGGAAAACCAUAUCAGCAAGUACGCAGUGAUGUUUCCACAUUGUUAUUCCAAAUGCUUUAUUUCCUUUAGUUUUCUCCUGCUAGGGAUUUGAAAAAAAAAGAAACAAAACAAAACAAAAUGAAUCCUGUGCCAUAAACGAAGAAAAAAAAAAUCAAUACGACAAAAUAUCGUAAAAUCACAAACAAAAUCAUUUUUCUUGAGAAUAAUUGACGGGAAAACACCGACAAAAAUUGAUUCAAUUUACUCGCCUAUUUCGAGCAGUUUCAUUCAUAAGCAUUCAUUUAUUACACAUUGAUUUUCGACGUUGAGAGCCAAGUUCGAUAUGUUAUUACGAUAUGAUAAUUUGAUGAGGGAAAAAAAAACCGUUCGGUCAAAUAAUUGUUUCGAACUAAUUUUAAUUGGAAACCUGGUGCUGUGACUACUGCGCUCCACCGACCCCACAAACAAAACAAAAAACCGAACAAACUCAAACAACACAUUGUCUGCAUUGGGUUUUGUUUCCUCUCUCUCUCUCUCUAUCGAAACGUUUCGUAAUACACAUACACACCAAACGUGAACUGAUCAAAUCGACAUAAGUAUAUUUGAUAAAAUAUACCCACAAUACUGGACAUAAAAAUGCUAGACAUUAUAAUUGCAUUAACAAUUGCUAUAAACUUACAUAAAGAAAAUACUCAUGAAAAAAAAUAAUCGAAGAGGCAAAUGAGAUGAAUAAUAAUCAUUUAGACUUAUUUUCUAGAUAGACAUAAUUUUAAAAGAGACAACAACAACAACCACCUAAAAAAAUGAUCCAUUCAUUGGUGGUUUUUUUUUUCUCUUAUUUGGACUGUUUACCAAAAAAAACGCUAUUAGAAUUAAUCAAAUCGCAUUGUUUAUUUGAUUUAGAUGAAAAAAAGGCGAGAGAAAAAAACCCAAAAGUAUAUUCGGCCAACGAGAACCAUAGUCAUAAUAAAAUAGAGAGAGACAAUUUCAUUCGGAUUGAAGUACGAGAUUUUUCCUCAAUAAUGCUACAUUUAUUUGCAAUGCCUGCUAGCUGGACCCUUAUUUUUUUGACAUUUGACACCAGCGCUUGUCCAAUUUAGUAAGAAGUUAAACGAAAAAUAACACACGAACUCCUAUAUCGAUCACCGUGUAUAGUGUUUACAGUUGUUACUACCGCGGCGCAUUCAUUCGUUGCUAGCAGGCAUUGUUUAUUUGCAUAUUUGGAUUUGUCGGAAUUGUCCAAUCCUAAUCCUAAAAACCGAAUCUCAUUCAAAAUUGAAACACGUCCAUUUUCGUUUACUUUCAGUUGUAAUUCCUUCGAAUCGGAAAAUUGAAUUAAGUUGUAUGAAAUCAGAAGUUCGUUUAUUUUUCACUUUCGAUUUCUUUCCCGUUUAAUUGUUCACGUAAAUUUGGAUUCGCUUUUGUUUUUUUUGUGUAAAUCAAAGGUGGGCAAAAGUGUCAUGGACAAGUCAUUACGAUACACACAACCAUCUGACAAACAAACAAAAACUUGCAUUUCGAAUGAUAUUGCGGUUGAAAUGUGGUUGGGUAUGGAGGGUUGGCGUUAAGUUUGUGGCAUUCUUGUCCACCUCUGGUGUAAAUCAAUGAUGUGCAUCAGACAAUACAUACGAGAAAAAAAAUUGACACACUUACACACACGCAUACACACGUACCGAUAGAAAUGUUAUUUGAAACAUGCGAUUUCUAUCGAUACCACAUCAAUCAAGUUUUACAUUUCAACCAUUCUUCAGUUUUUGUUUUUCAUUAGAAAAAAAAAAUUUGGUCCGAUUUCAACCGCAACAGCACUUAAAAUGUGUGAACAAUUUGUUGAGUUGAAAUAGCACUUUUUGAUUGAAUUUGACGGAUUUCCCCUGCCUCCCGUUUGAGAAGAAAAAAAACAAUAGACAAACAUUUUGCUUCGGAAUAUUUCCCAAAAUGAAACACAUUCACCGCAUUCAUCAAAAUUAACUUUGAGAGAAAUACCGAGUACAUUAUAAAUAUAUAAAUAUAUUAUGCAGAUACACUUCCACAUGCCACACACAAACACAUACACACACACACACAGCAGAAAAAAGGUAUCCUUGGUUUAGCAGCUAAUUGAAAAAAAAAUACUUAGAGAUGAGAAAAUUAAAGGUAAAAGUAAAUAAAUUUAAACAAACAAAAAAUAUGGAGUAAAAUACUGCAUAGGAAAUUCGUUUCGCCUUUUUUAGAUUAUACAUUAUACAUAUUACAUGAAAAUAUAUAUACAUUUAUGAGCAUAAAAUAUUUAUGGUAUAUUUUAUUAACUAGAAUACCAAGGAAAUAAAUAAAAUGAUAAAAAAAAAUAAUGAGGAAGAAUAAACGGUGAAAACAAAAUACAACAAACAACAAAAAAAAACCAAAUGUAAUUUUUAAUAAUCUACAGCUAAGAUGCGCCAAAAAUUAAUAAUUAGAUUUAACAAGAGGAAAAAAAUUGAAUAAAUUUAACGGUUCAACUUGAAGCGAAAUAAUUAACGAUUUAUUUAAACAAUUUAUUAUUCUAGUCAAAAAUUAAAAUUUAAACAAACCAAACAACAACAACAAAAACCAACUACUUAUUAACGAUUGACAACACACAGACACAAUAGAAGAAAAAAAACCCAUCUCAUUGAUGAUGAUAACAAUAAUGACAUAAAGAAACAAACAAAUUGAAUUAUUAAUUUAGCUAUUAAACAAUAAACAAACACACACACACACUCUCUCUCACAACAUAUAUAUACAUACUCAUUAUUGAAUAGUUGACAUAAAUUAGGCGUUUGCAAAGAAAGAAACAAAAAAAAAUGGCACAGCGCAGCAUCAGCAGUAAGAGCAGCAGAAGCAGCAGCAGCAAACUUAGUUUUUGACUAUAAAAUGAGAAGAACAAAUGAGAACACAAAAAGACGAUGUAGUUUAGUAGACGAUGAAGAUGAGUAAUUAAAGUAAACCAAAAAAAAAAA